AGUCCAUCUUGCUAUACUAAAUUUCCAAUGAAGAUACGUCUGAUGUUGCUUGGUUCCGGCUACUCCAAUUGUGUCUUAGUGUGUUUGAAAAAUUGGAAGUUUACUGAGAAAAGUGCAUAAUAUGGUACGAGGUGGCCGAGGUGGAAUGAUUAGAGGAGGUAGAGGUGGUAUGGGACGUGGGAUGGGAUUCCCCAGGAAACAGUUUCUUCCACGUCAUCCGUUUGAUUAUACAUUAUGUGAAGCUGCGUUCCCACGUGUUAAACCAGCACCAGACGAGUCAGACUUCCAAAUGGCACUUUUAAAAAAGAAUACAGACAUGUGUCCUACGCCAAAGGAACAAACUUCCAUUUUAAAUUUAGUGACUAAACUACAAACUGUACUUGAUAAUUUAAUAGUCGCUCCAGGCAGUUUUGAAGCUUGCCAAUUAGAGGAAGUGAGACAAGUAGGUAGCUUUAAAAAGGGAACAAUGAUCAAGGGUCACAAUGUAGCUGAUAUUGUUGUGAUUCUUAAAACAUUACCUACCAAAACGGCAGUAGAAGCGCUUGGUACGAAAGUUAACAACGACCUGAAGAGCGUAAAUCCCAAAGAAAUUUUUAGACUUACUCACACAGAGCGCGGCUUUGAUAUUGCUAACAAUGAAGCAACAGUGCGUGUAUUGAUCACUACUCUACAUCAAAACUUGAGAAAAUUAGAGUCGGAUCAACAUCUAGAUGUAAAGAUAUGCCAAGGUCAUCUUGCUGCGAUCAGACAUUCUCGGUGGUUUGAAGAAAAUGCUCAUCAUUCCAGUAUAAAAGUUCUAAUAAGAUUACUUAGGGAUUUGAGAAGUAGAUUUGAAGGUCUGGAGCCAUUAUCUCCUUGGAUGUUAGAUUUAUUGGCUCACAACGCUAUAAUGAAUAAUCCGAGUAGACAGGCACUUCCAAUAAAUCAAGCAUAUAAACGAGUACUUCAAUUACUUGCUUCUGGACUUUUCCUUCCUGGUUCGGCUGGUAUUUCAGAUCCAUGCGAGGGAGGUAAUAUACGCGUACACACAGCUAUGACAUUGGAACAGCAAGAUUUGGUAUGUCUCACAGCUCAGACAUUAUUACGCGUAUUGGCUCAUGGAGGCUAUAGACCAUUGCUCGAGGGUACCAAUAAACUUGCUGUAGAGAUGAGUGUAUGGGCAGGUGGUGUAGUUGCUAGUCCUUUGGACAAAGCAUAUGAACCACCUACAGAACAAGAACAACAAGAGGACAUGGAAGAAAGCAAUGAAGAAAUGAUAACAGAGAGUGCUUAACUUUUUAUUCAAUUUAGUUAUGUUUUCAUUCAGUGCUCUUCUUACUAUGGGGUAAGAAUUCUGUACUAUUUUCUAUGAUUUAACCUUGAUUAUCCAAUACAAAAGUCAAUGUAUUCAGUAUUGUAUACGAAUUCCAAGUAUGUAUGAUUUUUUAUUAAUGACAACGUAACUAGUAUUGAUGUUUUCACGUGAUCAAACUGUGUGUGGAAUUGUACAUGACACCUCGAAUAAAACUCGAAUUACGUGUAUCUAUU